AUGGUUAAGACAUCCUCAGAUUCUUCCUCCUCCUCCAACACUCUUGAGCCCAAGUACAAGGGCGUGAGGUUGAGGAAAUGGGGGAAAUACGUGUCCGAAAUUCGCCUCCCCAACUGCCGCGAACGCAUAUGGCUGGGCUCGUACGACUCAGCCGAGAAGGCCGCCCGGGCCUUCGACGCGGCCCUCUUCUGCCUCCGUGGGCCCGGCGCCAAGUUCAACUUCCCAGAGGACCCCCCAGAAAUUCCGGGCCGCCAGGGUUUGAGCCCGGCUGAAAUACAGGCCGUGGCCCAGCACUAUGGUAAUAGCUACGCUGGCCCAGGGAAUAAUGAUCAGAGGCAGAUGGGCCGGACUGGAGGGGAGGCCCACCAGUUUCGGGCCAGGGACUCGAUUGAUUGGUCUUUCUUGGAUGUGUUGGACUCGGAUGAAGGCCGCGUCUCGGACUUUACCCAAUUUCACGAGCCAUGUGAUAUGUACUUGACGCAACCGCAUUUUCCAGAUAAUGGUGAUGAUGGGGACGAAGAUGGGAAUGGUGGUAAUAUUAAUAUGCAGUCUUUUCUAUGGAACUUCUGA